AUGGCGGCGCUGGCUAAGAUAUUUCUAAGCCCUCCCCAGACGAGCCUGGCUGCUGUCAGAUGGGCUUCUAAGAAAACAGGAGGCAGCUCAAAAAAUUUAGGUGGUCGCAGCCCUGGGAAACGCUAUGGAUUCAAGAAAGUAGAAGGUGAAUUUGUCCAUGCAGGCAACAUUUUGGCUACACAGCGGUUGAUACGUUGGCAUCCUGGCGCCCAUGUGGGGAUGGGCCGUAACAAGACACUCUAUGCCUUGGAGGAUGGGAUUGUGAAAUACACCAAAGAGGUCUACAUACCUCCACCCCGCAGCAGCGAGAGCAGGGAGGUGAUCUGUCGUCUGCCCAAAGGAGCAAUCCUCUAUAAAACCUUCAUCAGUGUCAUCCCCUCCACAGAGGUAGGAAGCUUCAAACUGGUCACCAUGCUCUGAGGCUCCUGCUCCAUAGGGAUGG